ACCCUAUUAAUACCCUAUUUAACUUGUGGUGCUACACAUAUUAUUUAUUAAAAAUGUCCACCUUGAAGUUCGAAAAACUUUUGGCAGGUCCCUCAGUUGACCUUUUUGAAAAAGACUUUCCACACAACAAUGUUUGGCAUGUCGAGACUCUUUCAAAAGAGCCGACGCUCGACAUGUCAUCGGACUUUCGCUUGACUAGGGGUGAGGAACUAGCAGGACUAGUCACCCUUAAAAAUGUUUUCCACAAUUUCGCAACUGAACUCAGUUUAAACUCCACAGGAGUUCACCAUUUGGAUGUUACAACCAGGCUGCCUUUUUUUCCUGAUGCCACCGUUGGCUCGAAAUAUUUGUUCGACACCGACAAGAACCAUCACCACUUUCUGUUGUCUUCGCAGGUGGAGAAUAAGUUACUGUGGAGCAGGCUAGAGUUAAAGCCUCUGGACUUUGAGUAUAAUUUCUUCUCGCUGUUGAGAUUUGGCUCAAUGCACAGGUGUUUGUUAGGAGCUGAAGUUUCAGGCCAAAAACUCGGCAAGUUAAAUGUUACUGUUGGGUCCGCCUACAAAAGGGAAUUUGGAAAUAACAACUUUUUAUUGGCACUGAGACUGUUCGGAAAUAAGGACGAGUAUCUAAACCGCCUUGUUGGUAACGUACACGUCUCUAAAAACGAAUCAGUUAAGCCCGCUGUUUUGGGUGUAUCAUUCGAACACCUGUUGAAGGAGAAAAAGACCAAACUGGCCUUUGGAGCUCAUUGGAACCUGACCACUUUGGACGACCCUCACGCCUCCUUUGUCAAGGCUAAAGUCGACAAUGAAGCCAGAGUCGCACUCUCAUUCUGCCAGAAAUUCAACUCAUUAGUCACUUUCCUUUUCGGAUUUGACUUUAACGGAAAGAGUCCGUUACACGAGCCAGAUGUCAACUACGGACUCAAGUUAACACUAAAAACUUAAUAUUAUGAAUUACUAA